UCUAAAGAGUUUAAAAACCUUUCUCCAGCAGCCAAAGAACACACACAUUGUGUGCAUUGGUGUGUGGUUGUUUAUGUAGAUUACAAUUCCAUUAAUCCCUGAAAAAAAAAUUAAGAGAUUAAAAAAUGGAGAAAAAUGAGAUAGAAAUGAAGAAAAGAGUUGAAAAAGAUGAAAUACCACAUGAUGAAGAGCCUGAGAAGAUUAACUACAGAGGAAUCAAAGCCAUGCCAUUUAUCAUAGGGAAUGAGACAUUUGAGAAGCUUGGAGCCAUUGGCACCUUAUCAAACCUUCAAGUGUAUCUAACUUCAGUUUUCAACAUGCGACGAAUUUCGGCAACAUUGCUUCUCAACGUUUUCAACGGCACAACCAAUAUAGCGACUUUAGUCGGAGCCUAUCUUUCCGCUGUCCCAGGCCUCCACCCGGCCCACUGCUUCCCGGGCCAGAAAUGUGUGGGCCCCAAUUCGGCCCAAAUGGCAUUUCUCAUAUUCGGGUUCGGGCUCAUGGUAAUUGGGGCAGGUGGCAUUCGGCCCUGCAAUAUGGCCUUUGGAGUUGACCAAUUCAAUCCCCACACGGAGUCGGGCAAGAAGGGAAUCGACAGCUUCUUCAAUUGGUACUACUUUACCAUCACUUUUGCGCAGAUCGUGUCUCUAACGUUAGUCGUGUACGUGCAGUCGAACGUGAGCUGGUCGAUCGGUUUAGGCAUUCCCACGGUUUUCAUGCUGAUGUCGUGUUUUCUGUUUUUCGCGGGGACGAAGAUAUACGUGAUGGUGAGGCCCGAGGGAAGCCCGAUUACGAGCUUGGUUCAAGUGAUGGUUGUGGCUUUUAAGAAGAGGAAGUUGGAGCUGCCAAAGGAGCCAUGGAUUGAUUUGUUCAAUUAUGUGCCACCAAAGUCUAUCAAUUCUAGGCUGCCAUACACACAGCAGUUCAGCUUCUUGGACAAAGCUGCAGUGGCCACACCCAACGACCGGGUCAACCCGGACGGGUCACCCGCUGACCCGUGGAGCCUCUGCUCGAGCCAACAAAUCGAAGAGGCCAAGUGCAUCCUCCGAGUCAUCCCCAUCUCCCUCACCUCCGUACUCUACCACAUCGGAGUCCAGCAGCAGUACGUCGUCUUUCAGGCCCUCCAAUCCGACCGCCGCCUCCCCGCAACCAAAUUCCAGAUUCCGGCCGCCUCGUACGUCGUCUUCCCCAUGCUCGGCCUCUCCCUGUGGGUCCCCCUCUACGACCGCCUCCUCGUCCCCCUCGCCCGCCGCUUCACCGGCGUCCCCACCGGAAUCACCGUCCUCCGGCGAAUGGGCGCCGGAAUAUUCCUCACGGUGAUCGAAUCACUCGUCGGGGGUUUCGUCGAGGCCCGGAGACGGUCAAUGGCCGUGGGGCCCACCUCGUCUAUGUCAGCCAUGUGGCUCGUCCCGCAGCUAGGGCUCGGUGGGUUGGCCGAGGGUUUUAACGCGAUUGGGCAGCUCGAAUUCUACUACAAGGAGUUUCCUGAGAAUAUGAAGAGUGUGGCGGGGGCUUUUUUCUUCUGCGGGAGCGCGGUUUCGAGCUAUGUGUACAGCCUGUUGAUGGCGGUGGUUCACCGGACGACGGGCGGUAAGUGGCUGCCGCAGGAUCUGAACAAGGGGAGGCUCGACUAUUUUUAUUACCUUGUCGCGGUUUUGUGCGGGUUGAAUUUCGUGUACUUUGUGGUGUGUGCAAGGUGGUACAGGUACAAGGGAAGUGGAGAUGGAAGAUAA